AUGGGUGACGAUCAAGAGUCUAUGAGUAAAAGCAGUGGUGCCGUUGAGCACUUGAUCAAUAGAAAUAAUUCCAACGAUGAAAUAGGGUUUGGUUCAGUUUCUGAGCUAAGAGUAGUAACCAGUGCUCAUGGUGCUCCUAUCAGGUAUAUCGAUGCACUAAGUGCUACGUCCGAUACACAAGUGUUAGCUGAAAUCGGUUAUAAGGAAGAAUUGAAAAGAGAAUAUUCUACAGUACAAAUUUUUGGUGUUGCGUUUUCGAUUAUGGGUCUACUGCCUUCUAUUGCGUCUACCAUGGACGGUGGGUUAGCUGCAGGUGCAGUUGGUUUGAAUUGGGGUUGGUUUGUUGCCGGUGGAUUGAUUCUCAGUGUUGGUAUCGCACUUGGUGAACUUUCCAGUUCUAUUCCAACUGCUGGGGCAGUGUACGUAGCAUGUUAUCAAUGGGCUCCAGAAAAAUGGAGGAAGUGUAUUAGUUACAGUGUUGGUUUCUUAGACACUUUAUCGCUAUGUGCAUCAGUUUGUUCCAUUGUCUACGGGUUAGCACAACAGAUCUUGUCAGCAGUUGUGGUGGGAAAUCCAGAUUUCGAAGUCACCGACCCGAUCACGUAUGGUGUUUUCUGUGCCUGUAUAGUAGCCAUUACUGUGCUAACUUCGAUGAAUUCUAAGAUCACUGCUAGGUUACAAACGUUUUCCAUCAUCGCAAACGUGUUUUUAAUCAUAUUAUUCUUUAUCGUUCUACCAAUUGGUGUCUCAAGAUCAGAUAAAGUAUCGUUCAACAAAGCAUCGUACAUCUUCGGGGAUGUUCAAAACUUAACUGAUUGGAACACAGGCUGGUCCUGGUGUAUCAACGGGUUAACACCGGCCAUUUGGACCAUUGGUGCAUACGAUUCAUGUUUACACAUGGCUGAGGAAGCUAAAGACGCAAGAAGAGCUGUGCCAAUCGGGAUUGUCGCAUCUAUCUCUUCAUGUUGGAUUCUUGGGUGGUUAAUCUGUAUUGUGAUUUUAGCCUGUAUGAACCCUGAUGUGAACGCAAUUGUAAACUCCCCAUAUGGUCAAGGUAUUACCCAAGUUUUCCAAGAUGCGUUGGGUAAGAGAUGGACUCUAACGUUCUUGUCUCUUAUCAUCAUUUGUCAAUUCUUAAUGGGUGCCUCCACUGUGUUGGCAAACUCAAGACAAUUCUGGGCCUUUGCCAGAGAUGACGGCAUCCCAUUCUCUAAAUUCUUCAAGAAAGUGGACGAAAGAUCCCACGUUCCAAUGCGUUCCAUCUGGGGUUCAUCCUUCUUCUCCAUUGCAUUGGGUGCUCUAUGUUUAGCCGGAGAUACAGCAGCAGAUGCACUAUUCUCUCUAUCUAUUGCCGGUAUGUAUAUGGCAUUGGUAUUCCCUAUCGCAUUGAGACUCACUUACGGUAGGAAAGAUUUCAGACCAGGUCCAUUCUACUUGGGUCACUUCUGGUCCACGGCAAACGGUUGGUUAGCCGUGUUUUUCCAACUUUUCGCAGUCCUAAUGGUCAUGUUCCCUUACGACAAAUCCGGUAUCACUAAAGAGACCAUGAAUUACACAGUCGUUAUUGGACCUGGAUUCUGGGUUCUAUCUCUAAUAUAUUAUUUCGUUUGGCAAAGAAAAUUCUACGAGGGUCCUAAAUCUAAUUUGACAGACGAAGAAUUCGUCGAAGCUGUCGGCGAAGACGCUAUCGAUGCUAUGCUAUCAAAUUAUUCACAAGCACACCAAGACAAAUUGUCUUAA